AAAGGCAUCACUUCCACUUGUACUCUCCGUUCAACUGGACAGCCGAGCACCCAGCAAAAUGAAAUUCUUCUUGUUCUGCGCCUUCAUCGCCGCCGUGGCCGCCGAUGUCAGCCACCUGCCAUCCAGCCAGUACCUGCCACCCAGCAGUGGAGUCGCCUCGGCUCCCGUGGCUUCCUACUCCGCUCCUGCCCAGAGCUACAGCGUAGAGGCCUCGGCUCCAGUUGCCUCCUACUCCGCUCCCGUUGAGUCCAGCUAUUCCGUUGCUGCUUCUGCUCCAGCAGUGUCUUAUGCUGCUCCAGCUGUGUCCUACGCCGCUCCUGCUGCCACCUACACCGCUGCUGCCUCUGCCCCAGCUGUGUCCUACGCCGCUCCUGCUGCCACCUACACCGCUGCUGCUUCUGCCCCAGCUGUGUCCUACGCCGCUCCAGCUGUGUCCUACGCCGCCCCUGCUGCCACCUACACCGCUGCUGCAUCAGCUCCUGCUGUGUCUUAUGCUGCUCCAGCUCAGACCUACACCGCUGCCGCUGCCGCCCCAGCUGUGUCCUACUCCGCUCCCGCUGAGUCAUACGAGACCGCUGCCUCUGAGCCCGCCCACACCUUCUCGGCCAACGAUGGAUACCGCUACAAGACCCACAAGCGCGUCGUCCUCCGCCGUCAUCGUCGUGGUGAGCCCGCCAACGACUACCUGCCCCCCAUCCAGGAAGCCGCUUCUGCCCCAACCAGUGAGUACCUGCCCCCAGCAGCUUCCGCUCCCGCUCCAGUCUUCCAGGCCGCACCUGCUGUCUCCGCUGAGAGCUACGAAACCGCUGCUUCUGCUCCUGCCCACUCCUUCUCCGCCAACGAUGGAUACCGCUACAAGACCCAGCGUCGCCGAGUCCUCCGCCGUCAUCGUCGUGAUGUGAGCCACCUGCCCUCCAACGAUUACCUGCCCCCAGUAGCCUCUGCCCCAGCUCCAGUGUACUCCGCCCCCGCUCAGAGCUACUCUGCUCCAGCUGCCACCUAUUCCGCUGCUGCUUCCGCUCCAGCUGUCUCCUACGCUGCUCCUGCUCAGAGCUACUCUGCUCCCGCUGCCACCUACACCGCUGCUGCUUCCGCUCCAGCUGUCUCCUACGCUGCUCCUGCUCAGAGCUACUCUGCUCCCGCUGCCACCUACACCGCUGCUGCUUCCGCUCCAGCUGUCUCCUACGCUGCUCCUGCUCAGAGCUACUCUGCUCCCGCUGCCACCUACACCGCUGCUGCUUCCGCUCCAGCUGCCUCCUACGCUGCUCCCGCUCAGAGCUACUCUGCUCCCGAGUUCUACACCGGCGCCGCAAGCGCCCCAGCUGAGAGCUACGAGACCGCCGCCUCUGCGCCCGCCCACUCCUUCUCCGCCAGCGAUGGAUACCGCUACAAGACCCAGCGUCGCCGGGUCCUCCGCCGUCACCGUUACUAGAGGCUCCAGCGAACCGAGAAAACUCCUGAAACUG